AUGGAAAUUGACGAGUUUCAACUCGAUUCAAAACUAUCGAAGUUCGAGAAUCUAUCGGGCAAAUUAUCGACCAAAUCACAAUUACCAAAGCUACUUCAUUUGAUAGAAGCUGAUUAUAGUCAGACUUCUAACGCUUUAAACAACUAUAUCAAAGGCUCAAAUAAUAAAAUUAACAAAUCGGUAAGGUCCUUGGAGUUAGGGAAGACCAAUUUAACAUCAACAUUGUCUUUUUUCCAUGAAGCCUUGGAAUCUCUAUCUAAUUCUAACGUGCAAUCGAUAUCAAUUUCCAAUAGGCUUAAUUCCAUCAAGGAUGAAGCAGACCAUAUUAAUCAAUUGGCAGAUUUUGUAGAUUCUGUCAAACUUUUGAAGAAUAACCUAAAAAUAAUAAAUGAUGCAUUAGACACGAAGGAACCAAAUUACCCAAUGAUAGCCCAAUGUAUCUAUGAGAUUGAUCAGCUGCCAGACUCUAUAAUACACUCGCAGUUUGUUCAGCGGUGUGUACCCACUAGUGAACUUCCAGAUCCACCGGUUCAGCUUAUAGACAAGUGGAAAACUCAUCUCUGCAAAGUAUUUUCUGAUAGGUUUACCAGAGCCACAAGAGACGUGGAUGUUGGCACAUUGACUGAAUGCUUCAAACUAUUUCCAAAAAUUGGUGCUUCGGAUCUUGGAAUAGAUCUUUACUCCAAAUAUAUAUGUGAUAACAUUGCACAACAAUCCAGGACGUUAAUGACACAUACUUCCGGGGACCCAUUAUUUUAUUCAAAAUCCACACUACACCUUUUCAAAAUUGUUUCUACGAUGAUAAACGACCAUUCCAAGAUUAUUUUGCAAAGCUAUUCCACUGAUUUCAUGUUAGAGAUCAUGCAAAAAGUUCAAUUAGAGACUGAUCUACAAGCUUGUUUGAUUUGGGACACCUUCACUGAUGAUGUUUCGUUGGAUAAAGUCUUCGCUUCAUUGCAAGAUAAUAAUGACAUGAGGACUUUACAAGCCAUUAUCUUACAAUUUUCGAAUUUCUUGCAAAACUGGUCAAUGUACUGCCAGUUUUUCUCUAUGAAGUGGUUACAAUUCACUAAUGGGUCCGUAGAUCCAAUCAAGAUUGUACCAUGCCUUACCAGCGGUAAGUUCAAUUCAAAAUUGCAGGACAAUAUUGACACUUUCCAUGCAUUGACUAUCCAUUACACCACAUACUGUUUCAAGAGUUCUUUGAAAACUUCAUGCAUGCCGAACUUAAAUGAUUCUUUGGAUAUUACAUUAUCUCAAAAUACUGAAAGUAAUCAGCAGAUUAUUUCCCCGGUAUUGGAAGAUCUCGCGAUUCUUAUAAAAUCCUACUUGGUUUGGACUCUAAAUUCGGGACAAACUGAAUUAGUUACGAAAUCUUUAGAUUCAAUUUCCCAAAUGAUUCAAAAUGAGUACUUAAUCAGUUUCGUACAAUCAAGCUUGACCAAAUUAAUACCUAGGUUAACACCGGCAUUGAGAUUGCAAAAAUAUAUAUCUGCGCCCAAUUACCCAAUGGAUACGCAAAGCAAAUUUACAUCGCAAUUCGCGGCAUUUAACCUCAAGGAGACAGAUAUGGAGUCUGUUUUGCAUUUGCAUCAUUAUAUCGUUUACCUUAACACUAUUUCUACAAAUGAAUCGAUAUUUAAGGAUUUGUUUGAGAACGAAAUUAUAAAGAUUAAUCCACACUUUUUGAUUGAUAAUUUCAAAUUCAAUAAUGAACAUGAGCUAGUUAAAGGUAAACUUCUAUCUGUGCUACAGUAUAUCCUUGAUAAUAAUAAGAAGCUUUGGAAUUGGGCAAUAAUGAUGCUAUAUCAAAAUGUUCUGCAAGAAAACCUACAUCGUCUACUAUCGGUACUGUUCCAAAGAAACACCGAAUUCUUAUCCACAUUACAGGAUUUUGAAGACUUUGAAAAGCUGCACAAGUUUGUAGAAGAGUGGAAUAAACUAUUAACCCCAUACAAACAAGUCCUCUCCGCAGCAUCUUUCAACAAUCUUUUGACCACUAUUGUCAAAGAUGUUUGUCCAAUAAUAGAGAACAAGUUUCUAUCCCUACAAUUUAACGAAUUAGGUUCUAUCAAGAUUGAGAAACAGCUAUCCAUUGUUAUCAAAACUAUAAGCAUGGACAAUUAUCAAUUACGUGAGUGGUUUAAGAAGUUAACCCAGAUGUGUCUCCUCUUAGGAUUUGAAGACGACCAGUUUGACUCAAGCACUCAAGAUCUAAAAGAUGACGUGCUCAAUUCAUUGAACUGGUUAUUGACAUCUUCUGAACGUAUCUCAAUAAGACAACAACGUAUCGACAAACGGUAG